CCUGCAAAGAAACGGCCAGAGAAAAAUCACAUCACAGAACUGUACGCGAAUCUAAUCUGAAACUCUGCAUAAUAUUUUCCGAAUCAAGCUCCAUUUCCUCGUAGAAUUUCGCUCAAUUUGCAUCAGGUGCGCUCACUCAAUCUCGUUCAUACCACCGUCAAGAUGAUGGUCGAGGAUCUGGGCGUGGAAGCUAAGGAAGCGGCGGUACGGGAGGUGGCGAAGCUGCUGCCGCUUCCGGAGCUCCUGCAAUCCAUUUCUUCGAUCAAGGCCGACUAUAUCGCUCGGCAACAGGCUAACGAUGCGCAACUUAGUACAAUGGUUGCAGAGCAGGUUGAACAGGCACAAGCUGGACUUAAAUCGCUCUCACUAUCUCAGAAAUCCAUAAACCACCUUCGCAAGAACUUCACAUCUAUUGAGAAGUUGUGUCAAGAAUGCCAAACAUUAAUUGAAAACCAUGAUCAAAUAAAGCUCCUUAGCAAUGCAAGGAAUAACUUAAACCAGACACUAAAGGAUGUUGAGGGUAUGAUGUCCAUUUCAGUUGAAGCUGCUGGGGCACGUGACUCUUUAAGUGAUGAUAAAGAAAUUGUGAACACAUAUGAGAGGUUAACAGCACUUGAUGGGAAGCGAAGGUUUGCAUUAGCAGCAGUGGCAUCUCAUAAAGAAGAGUUAGGCAAGUUAAGAGAGUAUUUUGAGGAUAUUGAUCAAACCUGGGAGACAUUUGAGAAAACAUUAUGGGGCCAUAUAGCCAAUUUCUAUAAACUUGCAAAAGAAAGUCCACAAACCUUGGUUCGUGCUAUGAGAGUUGUUGAAAUGCAAGAAAUUCUUGAUCAACAACUUGCUGAAGAAGCAGCUGAGGCCGAGGGAGAGGGUGCAAUGGCAUCUAUUGUGAAUCCUCAUGAAACUGGCAAAAAGGCUACCCCUGUUUCAGCUUCUAGAAAUCAAACACAGAAAAAAUUAAAAGUUCAGGGGAAAGGCUAUAGGGAUAAAUGCUAUGAGCAAAUAAGGAAAACGGUUGAAGGACGAUUCAACCAGCUUCUGACAGAGCUUGUUGUCAAUGACCCGAAAGGCGCUAUAGAGGAAGCUCGAACGAUUGGAGAAGAGCUUGGAGAUAUUUAUGACUAUGUAGCUCCAUGUUUCCCUCCAAGAUAUGAAAUAUUCCAGCUCAUGGUGAAUCUAUACACUGAGAGGUUUAUCCAAUGGCUUCGAUUGCUGAGUGACAGAGCCAAUGAUCUAACAAACAUAGAGAUAUUAAAGGUAACCGGUUGGGUAGUUGAAUACCAAGAAAGUCUGAUUGGGCUUGGUGUUGAUGAAACCCUUGCUCAAGUCAUUUCUGAGAGUGGUGCUUUGGAUCCUCUCAUGAAUUCAUAUGUUGAGAGAAUGCAAGCGACAAUGAGGAAAUGGUAUUUAAACAUCUUGGAGGCUGAUAAAGUGCAACCACCAAAGAAAACAGAAGAAGGCAAGUUAUAUACUCCAGCUGCAGUUGAUUUGUUCAGGAUCCUUGGCGAGCAAGUGCAAACUGUUAGGGAUAAUAGCACUGAUGUAAUGCUAUACAGGAAUGCUUUGGCCAUUAUUCAGGUGAUGAUUGAUUUUCAAGCAGCUGAAAGGCAGAGACUUCAAGAGCCUGCUUCUGAUAUUGGUUUGGAACCUUUAUGUGCAAUGAUUAACAACAACUUGCGCUGCUAUGACCUUGCAUUGGAGCUUAGUAACAGCAUCAUAGAAGCUCUUCCACCAAGCUAUGCUGAUCAGGUUACUUUUGAAGAUACAUGCAAAGGAUUCCUAGAGGUUGCAAAGGAAGCUGUUCAUCAAACUGUUAAUGUUAUCUUUGAAGAUCCUGGAGUGCAGGAGUUGCUUGUUAAGCUUUACCAGAAAGACUGGUGUGAAGGACAGGUCACUGAAUACUUAGUUGCAACAUUUGGUGAUUAUUUUACAGAUGUUAAGAUGUACAUUGAAGAACGAUCUUUUAGAAGAUUUGUUGAAGCUUGCUUGGAGGAAACAGUGGUUGUCUAUGUGGAUCAUCUGUUGACACAGAAAAAUUACAUCAAGGAAGAAACAAUUGAACGGAUGAGGCUAGAUGAGGAGGUUCUUAUGGACUUUUUCAGGGAGUACAUUAGUGUAUCUAAAGUUGAAAACAGAAUCCGUUUACUGAGUGAUCUAAGAGAACUUGCUUCAGCGGAGAGCCUGGACACCUUCACACUAAUCUAUACAAAUAUUCUAGAGCAUCAACCAGAUUGCCCGCCUGACAUUGUUGAGAAGCUUGUUUCUCUGAGGGAAGGCAUACCACGCAAGGAUGCCAAGGAGGUUGUACAAGAGUGCAAAGACAUUUAUGAGCACUCUCUUGUUGGUGGAAAGCCCCCAAAGACCGGAUUUGUUUUCUCAAGAGUGAAGUGUUUCCAAUCUUCUUCCAAAGGAUCUCUAUGGAGAAAGCUGACAUAGUUAAAUUGAAGCACUUGGGAUUUAAUAGCCUGACACUGUAAGUUCACUGCUAUUUUCCAUUACAAUAAUAUCUUUGUUGGUCAGAAGGUGAUGAGUGAUGGUGUUGUUUAUAGGACGAGAUGAAAGUAUCAUUCUUUUUUGUCUUUAUUUAUAUUAAUUAUUGUACUGCGUAUCAAGUUCAAUUUUCAUCAGAAUCGUUCACUUAGAUAUUGAUGGAAGACAAUAAGGAUUUGUUCCUGCUUUUGUAAAUGAAUUUUAUAUUACUAGUGUACAACAUUACAUAUAGGCUG